AUGGGUGACGAGGAGCUCCGCUGCUUUGUUGGUGGCCUCUCGUGGGGCACGGAUGACCGCGCUCUUUCGGAUGCUUUCCACGACUAUGGAGCUGUUGACGCUAAGGUUGUGAAUGACCGAGAAACCGGCCGCUCCCGAGGUUUUGGAUUUGUGACUUUCAACGACAAGGCUGGCAUGGACGAUGCAAUCAAGGCCAUGAACGGCAAGGAACUUGACGGCCGGACUAUCACCGUCAACGUUGCUCAACCCCGUGGAAGUGGAGGUGGGCGCGGCGGAGGUGGCGGCUAUGGCGGCGGUGGCGGCGGCGCUCCCGCGUCAGGAAUGUCAGCCACAGUCGCAGAAGAGGCGGCAGCGCGAGUGGCGGCGGCAGAGGCAGCGGGAAUCACGCUGUCGGAUGAAGUGAAACGCGCCUUGCUCGCGGGGCGCCCUGUCGUGGCGCUGGAAUCGACUAUCAUCUGUCAUGGCAUGCCAUAUCCACAGAAUCUGCAAGCAGCAGAGGGCGUGGAGGGUAUUAUCCGCCAGGAGGGGGGUGUGCCAGCCACUAUUGCCAUCCUUGACGGACGGCCAUGCAUAGGGCUGACCUCCUCUCAGCUGCAGCACCUGGCACGGGACGGCCAUGCUGCUGUGAAGACUGCCAGACGGGAUGUGGCUCUCGUGAUGUCUCAAGGGCUCACAGGAGCCACCACUGUGUCGGCUACUAUGCUGUUUGCUCACAAGGUGGGCAUCCCUGUGUUUGUGACUGGUGGCAUAGGCGGCGUGCAUCGAGGGGGGGAGAGCACGAUGGACAUCUCAUCUGAUCUCACGGAGCUGGGUCGCACGCCCGUGGCCGUGGUGUGUGCGGGUGUCAAGUCAGUUCUCGACAUUCCGCGAACGCUUGAAUACCUGGAGACGCAAGGGGUGACAGUGGUGGUGUACGGUGCCAAGGAGUUCCCAGCGUUCUUCACACCACAAUCUGGCUGCCCUGCACCCGCCACUCUCAGCGACCCUGCUAGUUGUGCAGCUCUCAUUGACGCCAACCAUCGCAUGCAGCUUUCAAGUGGCAUGGUGAUAGCAGUGCCGGUGCCACAGGGGCAGGCAGCAGAGGCGGAGGGGGUGGAGCGAGCAACACAGCAGGCACUUGCCGAAGCAGACGCACAGGGCGUGAAGGGGGCACAGGUGACACCGUUUGUGCUCAAGCGGAUCAAGGAGCUCACAGGAGGGGCGUCACUCACUGCAAACAUAGCACUAGUGAAGAACAAUGCCCGUACGGGUGCCCAAGUAGCCUGUGCUCUUGCACAAAGGAGAAUGUCACCCUCACCCCCAUUCCCACCUCUCCUACCCAUCCCCAUCUCCCCACUAUCCCAUCCUUCCCCUCACUCACGUUCCAACCCCUCACCCUCUCUCACCCCCUCUCACCGCCUCUCACCCCUCCUCUCACCUCCCCAAUCGCCCCCCACUUCCCCCUCUCCAUUCCCCAUUCCCCCCCCGCUCCCCUCUCUUCCUUCUCUCCCCUCUCACCUCCCCAAUCGCCCCCCUCUUCCCCCUCUCCAUUCCCCAUUCUCCCCCCGCUCCCCUCUCUUCCUUCUCUCCCCUCUCACCUCCCCAAUCGCCCCCCUCUUCCCCCUCUCCAUUCCCCAUUCUCCCCCGCUCCCCUCUCUUCCUUCUCUCCCCUCUUACCUCCCAUUCCUCGGUUUGAUCGCCACAGAGUUUUACGAGAUUCGGCGAGAAGCCGAGGCAGUUAAAGAGCAACUGGCGGCCAUCAGAUCCACUACCGACGUGCCACGUCAGCGCGCUGCCAUUGCUGACCUGGAGCGUGACGUGGCAAGGGAGGACCUGUGGGAGGAUCCAGCUCAGGCGCAGCAGCUGAUGACGCAGCUGACGGAGCUGAAGGACGGCGUGAGAGAAGUCGAGGAAUUUGCCGAUAAGGUGGAGGAGGUGUGUCUUAUAGUGGAGCUGCUAGAAACGGAGCAGACACCAGACGCGUCACUGGUGGAGGAGGCGAGGGAGGGGCUGCAGUGGGUGCGAGCACACAUGGAGAGAUACGCUGUGGCUCAGCUGCUGGCAGGGCGGUUCGACCGCAAGGGCGCGCGACUUACCAUUGCUGCUGGUGCUGGAGGGACCGAUGCGCAGGAUUGGGCGGACAUGCUGUUGCGCAUGUACAUGCGGUGGGCGGACAGGCGGGGCUUUAAGAAGCGAGUGGUGGAGCGGUCGGAUGGGGAGGAGGCGGGGAUCAAGAGUGCAACACUUGAAGUGGAGGGGCGGUAUGCGUACGGGUAUCUGAGCGGGGAGAAGGGCACUCACAGGCUCGUCAGACAGUCGCCAUUCAACGCCAAGGGGCUCCGACAGACGAGUUUCGCAGGGGUGGAGGUGAUGCCUCUCCUAGAGGAAGAAGCAAUCAAGGUGGAAAUUCCGGAGGACGACCUGGAUGUGACUACAAUGAGGGCGGGUGGCAAGGGUGGGCAGAACGUCAACAAGGUGGAGACGGCCGUGCGCAUGGUGCAUGUGCCCACAGGGAUUGCUGUUAAAUGCUCAGAGGAGCGGUCGCAGGCGCAGAACAAGGCUAAGGCACUUGCGAUGCUUAAGGCAAAGCUGCUCAUUAUCCUGGAGGAGCAGAGAGCAGCGGAGAUUAGAGAAAUUCGGGGAGACGUCGUGAAAGCAGAGUGGGGCCAGCAGAUUAGGAACUACGUGCUGCAUCCGUAUAAGCUGGUGAAGGAUUUGAGGACGGAGUAUGAGACGAGCGAUGUUGGAGGUGUACUGGAUGGCGACCUGGAUGAGAUUAUGGAGACUUAUUUGCGGUGGAAGCAACAACAGCAGCAGAAGCAAGAGCAGGAGCAGCAACAGCAGCAGCACCUAGUUUGA